UGCCCGCCGCCCUGCGCACGCGCGGGCAGGGCGCGCGGCCUAGCGCGAGGGCGGGCGGGAGGCCUCGUGCGCGGGCGGGGGACAUGGCGAAGAGCCUGAGGAGCAAGUGGAGGAGGAAGAUGCGGGCGGAGAAGAGGAAAAAGAACGCGCCCAGGGAGCUGGAGCGGCUGAAGAAGGUCCUGGGAACCCACGCGGACGCCGUCAUGGAGGAGGUCAAGGAGGUGGCGACCGUGCUGCCCCCCAAGCAAGUCCUGGAGCGGGGAGAUGACUGCAAAAUGGAGAUAGAUAAUAAACGAAACAAAAAAACUCUUCUAGACCAGCAUGGACAGUACCCAAUAUGGAUGAAUUCCAGGCAGAGAAAGAAGAUGAAGGCACAGCGUGUUAAAAGGAAAAAAAAAACAAAAGUGGCCAAAGGCCUAGUCUGGUAAAAUCAGACUUGUGAAGAUCAUGAAUAUUUUACUCAAAAAUAAAUAUCCCAAAAUAAGUACAUGAUAUUUUUCUGCUUGGCCACCAAGUAUAACUUACUGUGUUGCAUGAACUUUUCAGGAGACUGUUAGGUCAGAAAUUAUGAAAGCAAUAUCAGCUUGGUGUCUGCAGAACUUCAGAACAAUACAAAAAGCAAGCUGAGUGCCUUUGAAUAGACUGUGGUUAUCUGUUUUCUUGAGGGGGGAGGGUCUUCAUCUUUUAUAUUGUGAACACUGAAAAUGCUAAAGGAAAUCUAGAAAUAAUGAAACUGUUUUUUGUACUGUGAUCCUUGUGAACGUAACUUGUCUUUUAGUAAAUUCAACCAAAGAAUUCUGUAAACACACCAUAACCUUUAAAUUCUGUAAAAUUACUUCUGUCGUGCCAGUUUGUGUUGCUUUUAACAUCUGGUAAUUAACAAAAGUAGCCUUGAACUUAAAAGGUUAAAAGACUUUAAUCCACAGAGAGAAAGUUGUUGGAAGAAAGAGGUAUUUUACUGCUGUCUGUAACUGAAAUAUUGUCAGGUAUUGUCAAAUAACUGAAAGUAAAAUGAAUUCUUGUAUUAUUGAGAAUGCAAACACACGGAUUGGAAAUAAAAUACAGUUUUAUUUAA